CCGCCUCCCCCAAAUCCAUUCCCCUCCCCUUUCCCAAUCACUCCGCCGCCGCCGCCGCCGCCGCCAUGGAUGUGCCCAAGCGAGCCGUCCCCCAAGGUUCCCCGCGACGAAAACCCAGGGCCAUGGAGGCCGACGAGAACGCGACCCCGAAGCGCCCCGCGGCGGCGGGGCCCGCCUCCCCGCAGAGGAAGAAGGUUCUGGCGGAGCGGAACGGCGCUGGCCGCGGGGAUGCCCCGUCGCCCGCCAAGGCCGCGCUCACCCCGCCGCCUCCCACCGGGGGGGCGGUGACGGAGACGGAGACGGGGGCGUACGACCCGAAGACCAACUACAUCUCGCCGCGGCCGGACUUCCUGAGCUACGACCCCACGCGGAACCGGGAGACCAUCCUCCGCCUGGACCUGGGCCGCGAGGUGGAGGGCGACAGCUCCAGCGCCGCCUCGGGCACCGAGCUCUCGGAGGUGCUGUCUUCCGGCUCGUCGGCGGCCAGAGGGAGUGACUCCGAGUGCGACGACGCCGACUACGAGGAGGAGAUGGAUCCACUGCCUGCGCAAGGGCGGGGAGGCCGCUGGGCGCGACGACUGCUGCUGCUUCUUGUGUCCUCGGCCUGCCUCUUCUGCUACAUCCACUGCAUGAGCUCCGGCCCCUUCCCUGCCACUCCUUCAGAAGAACCCAUCAGUUCCCUUGGAUUGAACGGGAGCAUGUGUGAUGUCGGUGUUCACCAAGCAGUUCCUCUGCUGGGUCCAAUUCGGUGUGAACAUGAAGAAGAUAUGAGUCAAUUUGUGGAGAGGGGCAGUGAAGAUGGUAUCCCGGUGCACGGCCCAGGAGCUUCUCCUAGCAACUUCAUGGCAGUUGCAAUGAUGGGAAUGGCAGAUGCCUGCCCUAAUGCUCCCUUCGGAGAAUUUACAUGCCAAAUCGGGGAUGAGGGCCGUGAGAAUGUGGAUGUUCUGAUGGAAGAUUCUGAAAUAGGCGAGCUGAAAUCAGAAGCGAGCAUGAGGCCACUCGAGAAUCCUGAAGAAAGUAGUAGUGAAGCUGUAUGCCCGGGUGAAGAUGUCAUUGGAGCUCCCUUUGGCUCCACCCACAGCGAUGAUUUGGAUGAGGACAAGCUAGAAUCUGUUCCUCAAGAGAUAGGGGGAGUUGAUUCAGAACACUCCAUGCCACAGUUGGUCGCCAUGGAUGCAAUUCUGGAAUCAGAAAACGUGAAGGUGGUAAGUGAUGAUAAGGGUCUGGAGAGUGAGAGGUUUGAUCAAGAAUUCGGUCCCUGGGAGUAUGGGAACACAGCAGAAGCUGCCAAGAAACUUGUUGAUAUGGUGAAAAUCGUGUGGUCUGCAGUGGAACCUCAUUUGCUGAAGAUGCUGGCAUGCUUAUCUGUUGCAGGCUUUGUGACUGCUAUGCUCAAGUAUUCCCAAAGGUCUCGUAAGGUCAAUGUGCCCGUGUCACGACGUAUUCCACCCAAGCGAGUGCCAGUAUUAGCUCCACAUAAUUCUGUGUCACUGCCAGUGUUUCAUUCAGAGCAACCUGUGCAACGGAUAGUGCCCGAACAAAAGUCAUCUGCCUGUCUGGAGCCUCCUGUGCAAUCGGUGUUGUCAAGGUCAGAUCAAUCUGUGUGCCUCAAUGUUGAUCAGAAAGUUCAGCAAGAGGCUGGUGCCGUUGAAAGGGCCAAUGCAGAUGGCAGUACUAUGGAUCACAAAGAUGCUGAAAGAUCAAAGCCACCAGUGGUUCAGUUGCUCGGGGAGUUCUCAUUUGUCGAUGCAGGUAGCUCAAGGGGGAGGUCUGUCAAAGACUCGGUUCAGCAUGGUGGAGACGUCACGGUUCAGGGAUCCGUGUCUUCGAGAAAGCGUGCCGUCAAGAUGCAAAAGGAUUCUGACAAAAUACAAAGCCCUGGUGUUCAAGCAGCAAGGAAGAAGGAGACUGCAGCAGAAGCAGAAGGCAAGACGGAUGCUACACCGACUCCGCUGAGGCGUUCGAGCCGCCUGCGGAAACUGGCUUCUCCUUGAGCGACAAGACACAGACGGUGCAUUUUGCUGGUAUUGGUUUGUUGGAUGCUGAUUGUCCCAUGUUCAUGUGGUGCUGGGAGCUGUGGGAGACAUCGCCUAGUUGUAACCACACGAUGCUUAGAUUUGGUGCCGUAGCUGUAACAAGUUAACUGGUGUAAAAAAGCCUUGCAGUGUGUUUGGUUUCCCAGAAAACCUGUAUAAAUCUGCAAUUUGACAUUAUUGUACUGUGUACUCGUUUACCUGCCCCUGACGGUGAAACAGGGAUUGCUGGUUGUAUUGAGCAGGUUUAGUCU